CUGUUUUCCUGGGUUGGCUGGGUGUAAGCUAGUAGGCAUUUAACAGGCAGAUCCAUCUCGUCCAGCAUGACAGACCAGCAGUGAUACACAGAAGAGAGACAUCGCUCCCUGGGCUUUUGAUAGGUGGAAGCAUCUCUGCAGCAGCACACGAUAACUUGCUGUUUGGAGCAUCCUUGGUUUUUGCUAUUUUGGCAUAAAUUCCAUGAUAUGUGGGUUUAAGUACGCCUAAGAAAGUAUGAGCGGGGACAGCAAGACAGCAGGUUUUUCACAAAGCCUGGUCGCAGAUGGCCCUGAAAAAGGAGUUGUCGUUACGGGAAUCUCAGAUGGCACAGUUGCUGCAAAAGGUAGCAUCGAAGCUGGAGAUGAGAUGGUUGCUAUAAACCUUAAAAAUCUCAACAAAAAUGAAGUGCAAAACAUUCUGAAGGUCCUGGAGCCAUACAAAGACAACAUGAAGGUUCUGACAAAGAAUGAUGUGAGUGGCAGUGUUGGUCUUGGUUCCUCAGGAUUUGGUCUCAAAGAUUCUGCAAAGAUGCUCAUAGAGAAGGACAUGUCACUGGAUGCAUCAGCUGAGGCACCAGCUGUUUCACUUAAUGGCCUGAACGGCAAGUUAAAUGCUGCACAGGGGUUAGGGGGUGAACUACGUUGUCCCACUGUCAACGGAGACCUUUCCUGUCCUAGUAUAGGUGAACCCCAAACUGCAGAUCUAGACUUUCAAAUGCAAAAGGGAAAGGCCCAAAAAUACAAGCCCCCCAAAUUUGUAAUGCCAGACUUCCAUCUCCCUCCCAUCAGUGGAAACACAGAGUCACCAAACCUUAACCUGUCAGCUCCCAAAUUAGACCUUAAAGGUCCAGAUGUGGACCUGAAUGGGCCAAAGAUGGAUCUGAAUAGACCUAAUGUAAAUGUAGAAGCCCCAGAUGCUGCUGUUGAGGCACCUUCAGGCAAAAUCAAGUGGCCCCAUCUAAAGUGGAAAGGUCCCAAAGUUAAGGGACCCGAUGGCGACUUAAAUGCUGACCUCUCUUCACCUGAUGUCAGACUCUCUACACCAAAGAUCGAUGCGGACCUAAGUACACCAGAUGUUGACAUUAACGUGCCCAAAGCUGACAUUAAAGACCCUGAUCUAAAUGUUGAAACCCCAGAUCUUGAUGUUGAUGCCCCUUCUGGUAAAAUCAACUGGCCUCAUUUAAAGUGGAAGAAAUCCAAACUUCAAAAAGCUAAUCUGGACUUAGAUGCCAAUACACCAGAUGUUGAUCUGUCUGUUCCAAAAGUGGAGGCUGAUAUAAAUGCCCAGGGUCUUGAUAUUAAGUCACCAAAAGCAGAUCUUAAAGGUCCGGAUCUUGAUGUGCAAACGCCAAAUAUUGAUGUGGAAACUCCUUCUGGUAAAAUCCGCUGGCCUCAUCAAAAAUGGAAGAAGCCCAAACCUCAGGGCUCCAAAGGUGAUUUAGAUGUAGCUGCAGACCUAAAUGCAGACCUUAGCACACCGGAUAUUGAUCUUUCAGUUCCAAAAAUCGAUGGUGAUCUGGAUCUACCAAAGGCUGAUGUUGAUAUUAAAGCACCAGGUGCUGACAUUGAGGCUCCAUCUGGAAAGGUCAAAUGGCCCACUUUUAAAAAGGCACAGUGGUCAGUCUCAGGUCCAAAGGUUAAAGGCCCGGAUGUUGAUUUAGGUGCUAAUGUUUCAGCCCCAGACUUGAAUCUCUCAGCUCCAAAGAUUGAUGGUGAAAUAAAUGCACCAGAUGCCAAUCUAAGCUUACCAAAAGCUGAUCUGAAAGGCCCUGAGUUCGAUAUUGACUCUCCAGAUAUUGAUGUUGAGGCUCCCACUGGGAAGCUGAAAUGGUUCAAAAUCAAGAAACCCAAAUUUGGCACACUGAAAGGUCCAAAGGUUGACACUGAUGCUGAUGUGAAGGUACCAGAUGUAGACAUGAAUUUGAGUGCACCAGAUGUUAAUCUUUCAGCACCAAAGAUUGAUGGUGGGAUUGAGGCUCCAGACCUCAAAAUAAGUAUGCCCAAUGCUGAUGUCAAAGGAGAUGUGGAUGUCAGUGGUCCAGAUAUCGAUCUUGACCCACCUGAUGCUAAAAUUAAGUUCCCAAAGUUCAAAAUGCCAAAAUUCAAAGGGUCAAAGGUCAAGGGUCCUGAAUUUGAUGCUGAUUUAAAAUCCCCAGACGUUGGUGCCAGCCUUGACAUUCCUAAUCUCAAAGUGGAUGCACCUGAUGUAGACCUAAAAGCACCUGAUCUCUCCUUAUCUGCGCCAGAAAUUGAUGGCAGUCUUGAUGCACCAGACCUGGAUUUGAAUUUACCAAAAGCUGAUCUCAAAGGCCCUGAUGUAGACGUUCAAGCACCAGAUGUUGAUGCACCAGCAGGGAAAUUUAAGCUGCCCAAACUAAAACUGCCAAAGUUUGGUUUAUCAGGACCAAGGGUAAAAGCACCUGAUGUCGAUGUUGAUGCUGGCCUUGAAACUCCUGAUCUGGAUCUGUCACUUCCUGAUAUAGAUGCAAAGCUGCCUAAAGCUGAUCUAACAGCACCCGAUGUUAAUCUAAAAGCCCCAGACGUUGGUGCCAGCCUUGAUGUCCCCAAUGUCAAACUGGAUGCACCUGAUGUAGACCUAAAGGCACCUGAUCUCUCCUUGUCAGCACCAAAAUUUAAUGGCAGUCUUGAUGCACCAGACCUGGAUUUGAAUUUACCAAAAGCUGAUCUCAAAGGCCCUGAUGUAGACAUUCAAGCUCCAGAUGUUGAUGCAACAGCAGGGAAAUUUAAGCUGCCCAAACUAAAACUGCCAAAGUUUGGUUUAUCAGGACCAAGGGUAAAAGCACCUGAUCUCGAUGUUGAUGCUGACCUUGAAACUCCUGAUCUGGAUCUGUCUCUUCCUGACGUAAAUGCAAAGCUGCCUAAAGCUGAUCUAACAGCACCCGAUGUUAAUCUAAAAGCACCAGACAUUGGUGCCAGCCUUGACGUCCCCAAUGUCAAAGUGGAGGCACCUGAUGUAGACCUAAAAGCACCUGACCUCUCCUUAUCAGCACCAAAAUUUAAUGGCAGUCUUGAUGCACCAGACCUGGAUUUGAAUUUACCAAAAGCUGAUCUCAAAGGCCCUGAUGUAGACAUUCAAGCUCCAGAUGUUGAUGCAACAGCAGGGAAAUUUAAGCUGCCCAAACUAAAACUGCCAAAGUUUGGUUUAUCAGGACCAAGGGUAAAAGCACCUGAUGUCGAUGUUGAUGCUAACCUUAAAACUCCUGAUCUGGAUCUGUCUCUUCCUGAUAUAGAUGCAAAGCUGCCUAAAGCUGAUCUAACAGCACCUGAUGUUAAUCUAAAAGCACCAGACAUUGGUGCCAGCCUUGACGUCCCCAAUGUCAAAAUGGAGGCACCUGAUGUAGACCUAAAAGCCCCUGAUCUAUCCUUAUCAGCACCGAAAUUUAAUGGCAGUCUUGAUGCACCAGACCUGGAUUUGAAUUUACCAAAAGCUGAUCUCAAAGGCCCUGAUGUAGACAUUCAAGCUCCAGAUGUUGAUGCAACAGCAGGGAAAUUUAAGCUGCCCAAACUAAAACUGCCAAAGUUUGGUCUAUCAGGACCAAGGGUAAAAGCACCAGAUAUCGAUGUUGAUGCUAACCUUGAAACUCCUGAUCUGGAUCUGUCUCUUCCUGAUGUAGAUGCAAAGCUGCCUAAAGCUGAUCUAACAGCACCUGAUGUUAAUCUAAAAGCACCAGGCCUGAGUCUUGACACCCCCAAACUUGAGGGGGACCUCAAUGCUCCAAAUCUAGAUGUGGAUACUAAUCUCAAAACAGAUAUUGACCUUUCAUCCUCCAAACCCAACUUCAGUUUACCAGAUUUGAAUAUGUCUACCCCACAGAUCAAGGCUCCUGAUAUGGACUUUAAUUUACCAAAAGCUGACGUAAAGGGACCCAGUUUAGAUCUACCAACAGCAGAACUCCAGGUACCUGAUCUUAGCCUGUCUUCAUCAAAGAUUGAUGGAAACCUAUCAGCACCAAAGAUAAACACCAAUCUGCCAAACGUUGAUCUUGAGGCACCUGAUAUCACAGUGAAAUCUCCAAAUGUGGACAUCAGCAUGCCCAAGGCAGACCUCAAAAGACCUGAUGAACACAUAAAAACCCCAGGUCUAGAUAUGCAUCUUGGUGACUUUAAAAUGCCACACUUUAAGGUUCCUACACUCAAUCUUUCAAGUCCUGAAGUAGAUGUUAACUCUGGAGAACAUGUGGCAGAUGCAGAUGCUGAUGUUCCUGUGUUCAAAUUCCACAGACUGCCAGUUAACACCAUUGAUAGCAUAGGAGGAAUUGUUGAUACAUUUGGCUCAUUGAAAUUUGACCCUGAGCCAAAGGAUUAUGUUGUCAGCAAAGGGAUACGCUUGCCAGUACAAAUAAAUUCAACAUCAAAAGCAGGAGGGAAGAUUGACAUUAUGGAGAGAUUGAAAAUGGCAAAGGAAAAAUCACCCUCAACUAACGUCUCACCAACUGAAGACAAAACUGAUGUGGAUCUGAAGCUCAGUGUCCCAAAUGCAGAAACAGGAGAUUCCUCUUUGGUGCGGGGAGGCACCUUUAAAGUAGAAAAGCCAGAGUCCGUACUGGGGAUUAUAGCCCCUGAAAUUUCCACAUCAAAUGAAAAUGACAAAUUGUCACUGAGUCUCUCUAAUAUGCUCGGCCUUAAUGUCAAGGAUUCAGAUACUGAAUGAUUAAGUCCAGAAACACUGUAUAUACAUGUAACUAAACAUAUUCUACACAUUUGUGACUACAAAGAGAAGUUUGCAGCUGAUAAUGACAGCUAACUUAUUGUUCUAGUGUUAUAACCCCCCCCCCACCACCACCACCACCACCACCACCAACCCCCCCCCACCUACCCUCCCACCACCACACACACACACAGUUUUAACUUUAAACCUGUUUUAAUACCCAUGUGUAUAGUCUAUUUAUACAAGUCAGUCUUUUUUGUUUUUGUUUUUUAAAUUGCUGAUUUGGAAAUAUCUUACUUACUAAAUAACUGCCUCAGUAUUGCUUGUGAUCACAUUGCGCUUGUUCUUAAGUUUUUGAGAAGUGCAUAACUUUACCUUGUUAUUCAGUUAAAAUUGAAUAUAUUUGUCAAUUUUUAUGUGAGUUAAUAUAUUUGUUAAUUUUUGUUCAAUAAAUCACACUAACUCUUCCAA